AUGACGAGUCCUCAAUGCAAUUUCGAAUACGCUCAAUCAUUUGCAGAGCAGACCAUCUUCCUCACCGGUAGCACUGGUGGUGUGGGAGGAUGCCUUCUGUAUCAACUUGCGGUACAGCUUCCUACGAAGAAGAUAUAUACUUUGUGUCGUGGCUCCAAAGAAAACGCAAUAGCGAAAUGGAAGAAGAGCAUGGGCAACUGUGCAAAUACUAUUCUCGCGACUGAGAAGAUCGUGUUCGUCCUGGGGGAUAUAUUGUUACCCAACUACGGCCUCAGCGAGCAUGACCUCAUAAGUGUACGCAAUGAUACAACAGCAAUAUUCCACUCGGCUGCGAGCAUCGCAUUGAACAAUGACCUUGCAGAAGCGAUUGAGCAGAACUGCCUUCCCUCCUUGGAGCUCGCACGAAUGGCCACCUCCUUUCCCAAACUGAAGCUUCUUGUACAAAUGUCUACCGCGUAUGUCAACACGUUCCUGCCCGAUGGCAAGGUCCUUGAAAAGAUAUAUACCGAUGUUGCAGAACAAGACCCUGAACAGGAACUGCAGCAUAUCCUGAAAACUGGAGGCCAUCCAAACACUACCCAAUACAGUUGGCCAUAUGCACACUCAAAACACCUCAUGGAGCGUCUCUUACAGCAUCGCCACAGUGACCUCCCUAUCCUCAUCAUACGGCCAAGCAUCAUCGGCCCAGCUAUCCGUCACCCGUUCCCUCACUAUGGACCUCCUGGCUCGAACCCGGCAUCCACGUUUGUCCGUAUCUUCCUGUCCAGUGGCCCCGACCCGAUGAUUUUCCAUACCCCCAAAGGCCGAACAAGUGGGACGAAUAUCCUCGACGAAGUCCCUGUCGAUUGGGUUGCCAAUAUCGCUUUACUACACUUCGCCGCUGGGUCUCUUGGAAUCGUGCACGCAGGGGCCCAGCUUUAUAUCCCUCGCAAAUUAGACGAUUUCCUAGGCGCUAUGCAAGAUAAUUCCCGAAAAGUUGCCUCCCCACAACAGCUUCCAAAAAUUAUUUUCUGCUCUGAUCAUUCCGUCGAACAGUGCUUUUUGGCGGAGCUGUUCCAGAUAUGUACGAACGAUUGGGAUUUCGAUUGUCAACGCUCGUCGCAGUUUAAGGGGCUGGCAGGGCCGCUUAGUAUAAGGAUAGAUGGGCAUGAUGUGAUUAAGUUUACUGAGAGCCGGGUGCAGGCAAUUUCUAAAGAGGUUGUGUCUGCUAUAUACUCUGCUAAGCUGUAA